AUGCCUGCGAAGCAGCGCCAUGAUCUGUACACGUCCAAUGGCAUCAUCAGUGUGACGUCGCAAAUUCUCGUCGUCGAUAUGCUAUCCAAACGUAUCCCUACUGCGAAAGUAACCGGGUUAGUGGUACUUCACGCGGAAAGAAUCACACCUACGUCUAUUGAGUCUUUCAUUCUCCGGUUGUUUCGCCAGGAGAACAAGGUCGGGUUCGUCAAAGCCUUUUCAGACCAACCUGAGCAUUUCGCUGCGGGCUUCCAUACGCUGCAGAUGAUCAUGGGGCAGCUACACUUACGACAAGUCGAUAUUUGGCCCCGGUUUCAUCAGGAUAUCGACCGUGACUUGGGUCAUCGACGUGCGGAUGUCGUGGAGCUGCAUCAGCCUCUCACACCGUCCAUGCGCAUGAUUCAGAAUGGCAUCAUUGAGUGCUUGGAGGCUACGUUGCACGAAAUUCAACGCAGCAAAUUGGCCCUUGAUAUGGAAGACAUCCAAGUCGAUCAAGCUAUGCAUAAGUCGUUCGAUAUGAUCAUCCGUCGCCAGCUGGAUCCUGUAUGGCAUCGGCUCAGUCCUGCUAUCAAGCAGUUGGUCGGGGAUCUAAGUACGCUGCGAUCUCUUCUACAAGCGCUGCUUUCCUACGAUUCUGUCUCUUUCUAUGUAUACCUUGAGACUAUUCUCGCUUCCAAUGCGCCUACGGAGCCUGGGGCACGAUCUCAUCCUUCGCCGUGGCUCUUGAGCGAUGCCUCCAACACCAUCUUUCGUGAAGCCCGUGACCGGAUAUGGAGGCAACGCAGUGAUCGUGCAGGGGAUAUUGAAUUUGUGCUUGAGGCCCCGCCGAAAUGGUCACUUCUCAUGAAGGUGAUGCAUGAGAUUGAGCAGGACAUUUAUCGUCAUGAUGAGGCAGGUACCUCGUCGAACUACACCAUUCUCAUCAUGGCAGACUCGGAGAAAACUGUUACACAACUUCGUGCUCUUCUUAAUGCCUCCGAUACAGCAGACGAGCAGCCUGGUGAGAGUGUGUUGGCGUCUUGCUUGCACGAUUACAUCUCUUGGACGAGCCACAUUGCUGAGUUGCAACAGGUGUUAGCAUCAUCGAAGAGUACAGAGGCGGAGGCCGAGGAGCCUGUAUCAGAGGCACUGCAGCGCAAAAUGCAGCGCGCCGGUAUGCCGGCGAACAAACGGCGUCGUGUUCGCGGCGGGAUGGCUGUCUCGGCUUCGGUGCACCCCAUCGCUGGACACGAUAUCCAGCGCGAAUGGGACCAGAUGGCCCUGCAUAUGAACGAGCUGCCCUCUGGUACGCAUGCGUACGAUACGGACAAGGUCGAAGACGAGGAGGCUGUGAUGGCGGAGACCGACGACUACUUUGGCUUGGUCGACAUGGAUCAUGUCGUGGUGAUUCAUCGGUACCAAGGCGAAGCCAACGAUCGACUCUUGCAAGAACUGCGUCCCCACUACGUUGUCAUGUACGACCCCAACCCGCAGUUUGUGCGCCAAGUGGAGCUGCACCGUGCCUUGUACCGCGUGCCCGACUUGCGCAUCUACUUUUUGCUCUACACGGAUUCCGUGGAGGAGCAACUGUACUUGGCCAGCUUGCGUCGCGAGAAGGAUGCGUUUGAGCGCCUUAUCCGGCAAAAAGGGCGCAUGGCGAUUCCUCUUACGGUGGAUGGCACGCUGGCGGAGGAGGAUGCGGACCAGCGUAUGCUGCGGCAGCUCAGCACACGUGUAGCCGGCGGUCAGCUGUCCUCGGCGGCCCACACACCGUCGGUGGUCGUGGAUAUGCGCGAGUUUCGAAGCAGUCUGCCAUCGCUUUUGCAUGCAGCCGGCCUGCAGGUCAUUCCGUGCACGUUGCAGGUAGGCGACUAUGUCAUUUCGUCCGAGAUGUGUGUGGAGCGGAAAAGCCUCACUGACCUGGUGCAAAGUCUCCAGUCCGGCCGCCUGUAUACCCAGUGCGAAGCCAUGUCGAUGCACUACCCCCAUGCCAUCCUGCUCAUUGAGUUUGACCAAGACCGCGCCUUUACGCUGCAGACCAUCGGCGGCCGUGCGCGGGCCCAAGUUCCUGCACGCUCAUUGGCGUCGCGUACCGAGGCAGGGGACUUGGACGUCCAAGCGAAGCUUGUGUUGCUUACGCUGGCCUUCCCGCGCCUGCGCCUCAUCUGGUCGUCGUCGCCAUACGCGAGUGUGGAGAUCCUAGCAGACUUGAAGCACAAUUUCGACGAGCCUGAUCCUGUGCGGGCCGCCGCGAUUGGGCUCGAUGCAUCGAUGGGUCGCGAAGGCUUGGUGGAUACUUCUGUUCAUACGACGCCUAUGGAUAUGCUACGUGCGAUGCCGGGCGUGACGACCAAGAACGCCAUGUACAUUGCGCGCGUGGCCCCUUCGUUGCAAGCGCUGUGCCAGUGCUCUCUCGCUGAGCUUCAGGGCGCGAUUGGCGCCGAGCCCGGCCGCAAGCUGUAUACCUUCCUCCACCAGGACGCCGUGUCCCUGGCCCAGUAA